CCGUGUGGGAAGUUACGCAGCCGCAUUCGGAACCGAAUCGCAACUUGCUGAGUCGUGCCUGUGCCGGGUUCGGGUCCCCGGGUCUGCAGCUGCGCCAUGGCCUCCUAUUUCGAGGAGCACGAUUGCGAGCCGGGCUCCGGGCCGCCGGAAACCCUUCACCGCCGGGCGCUGUUGGAGCUGGCCAGGUCUCUCUUCCAUGGCCUGGACCUCGAUCUGGGCGACUUGCAGGGUGACGACUGGGAACACCGCCUUCCUCCUCCGGCUUCCAGGCGGGUUGUCGAGAACCUUCCUGCGGUGCAGGUGACGCCGCUACAGGAAGGCGCAGGGCUGAAGUGUCCUGUAUGCCUGCUAGAAUUUGAGGAGGAUGAGGUAGUCAGGAAGAUGCCUUGUGAACACUUUUUCCACACAGACUGUAUCCUUCCGUGGCUUAGAAAGACCAACUCCUGCCCCCUCUGUCGGUAUGAACUGCCUACUGAUGAUGAAACGUAUGAGGAGUUCAAACAGGACAAGAUGCGGAGGGAACAGCAGGCACAUCGACUGGAGUAUCUUCAUGGGGCGAUGUAUACAUGACAAAGCCAUUCCUCGAGACCUCCGUACUCUCUCUCCCACCGCAGCACUGGGUGAUUACCUGCAGCUUCUUCCAUGGCUGGCAAGGACCAGGGUGCCCUUGGCACAGAAUUCCUCCUCUAGCCAAGGGCUUUUUGCAUGGAAACAUUGUCUUCUUCCAGGAUAAAUUUCUUCAUGUUUAUUAAA